ACUGUCAAUGUCAGUUACCUUGCAGGCAAUAAUUAAAAAUAAAUCAAUGCUUUUGAUUUAUUGAUUUUAUGUACAGUAUUUACCAUUUCAACAUAAAUAUUAUAAAUAAAAAAUGUUUUCGCAUAUUCCAUUUGAAGUCCUAUGGUAAUUUUUUCGAGUCUGGAAAUAAGUAGAUAACAUCAAACUAGCGCGUUACUGCCAUUACUUGUAAAAAUUGAAAAAGUGUUUAUUUUGCGCUUAUUAUUGGAAUAAAAUGGGAAGUCCAGAACGAGAAUUGUGUCCUCCACCCUCAGAAGAAGACGAAUUAACUUUACCUCGUGCUAGUAUUAACAAAAUGAUAAAAGAAUUGGUCCCUUCUGUUCGUGUUGCAUUCGAGUCUCGUGAGUUAAUUCUUAACUGCUGUACUGAAUUCAUUCAUCUUAUCAGUUCUGAGGCGAAUGAAGUGUGUAAUCAAAGUAAUAAAAAAACGAUCAACGCUGAACAUGUAUUGACAGCAUUGGAUAGAUUAGGAUUUAGUGAUUACACAGUUGAAGCAGAAGCAGUUCUUAAGGAUUGUAAAGCGGUGGCUGCAAAGAGAAGAAGACAAAGUACAAGACUAGAAAAUCUUGGUAUACCAGAAGAAGAACUUUUAAGACAACAACAAGAACUAUUUGCAAAGGCUCGAGAGGAACAAGCGAAACAAGAUCAACAACAAUUGUUAUUACUACAACAACAUGGAUUAGUUGGAAUGGAAGGGCCUCCCCAGUCAUACGUUCCGCCCCCUCCAGGAAUAAAGCAAGACGACACUGAAGAUGAUGAUUAUUCAUAAAAGAAACCUAACUACUCACAAAAACUACUAUUGCAUUGUAAUAUUUGUAUCGACAUAACUAUUAACUACCUAAACUUGUGUUUUAGAUACAAUACACCAUUUGUGAAAA